CUUCAAAACCCUUCCGCCCUAACGAUCACUCAACGUAGCUUUUGCCUUUACGCUAACCACCGACGCCCUCGCACCAAUUCACCAGUGUACUCCAUGCGUACAAUGACUCGUGGAAGCAUGGAUCCAGCUCAACGACGACCCCCUCGGGCCCAUCAAAGAGCUCUUCCACUUCACACCUGGCAUUACCCAUCUCCUUGAAGGUCAUGACUCAUGAGCUUCAACAGCUUUCCCCGAACCUCUUCCCAUCUGGUAUAUACCUUGUCUACCGGUUUGCUGUCGUCUUCAUUGAGCUGCUAGCUUUCCACGGAGACAUCGAACGAUUGCUCCUUCGGAACGCCGCCGCUUCAGUCGUCGUCCGCCGCCUCCAUACGCGGCGGUCACGUCAACCCUUGAAGGUCCCACGCCCGAGCUCUUGCGUCCGCACGUGCGGGCUGUAUGAACCGAUGCCGACUAGGCCUUGUGGGUUACCGACGUGCCUAGGCGGAGUCAUUCUUGCUGGAAAGUCUACGUCCAUGGCUUCUCGGCCGCGGCCAUCAAGAUGAGCCAAAGCGCCGCCGCAGCCAAGAGACAACAACGUCGCAUCCCUGAUGCUCUCAGGAAACGAAAUGCGAAGAGCUGUGACCUGUGUCGAAGACACGAUUCUACGGCAGU